AUGGCUCCCAUGGCGCGAGCAAGCCACGACGAGCUGGAGGGCCAGCUCAAAGAGGGCCUGCAGUCCAUGUACAACAUCCUGGUGCAGACGACGGCAUACGACGCAUCAUCGGCCUCGGCGUCGCGGCCCUCGCGCGACGUCCUGGCCAGCGAGCUGCGCAACCUGCAGGCGACGCUCCAGACGAUCCACAAGACAGCCACGACGCCGUCGCCCGAGGCCGCGCUGCCCCACGUCCCGCCCGAGCUGGUCCAGUACGUCGAGAACGGCCGCAACCCGGACAUCUACACGCGCGAGUUCGUCGAGCUGGUCCGCCGCGGCAACCAGCUCAUGAAGGGCAAGCAGCAGGCCUUCCGCAGCUUCCGCGACGUGCUCGCCGGCGAGAUGGAGAAGGCCAUGCCCGAGCUGAGGGACGAUGCUGCGCGGGUCGUCGCGGCCACCAAUGGGGCAGAUGGGAGGCCGUGA